AUGUCGAAUGAUGAUUGGUCAGCUUUUCCUCACAAAACUGAUACUCUUCUUACCUCAUGUCAACUGGCUACCAUGGAAAAGUAUAAGUUAAAAUCUAAACAAGCUUUGAAUUUCUAUUGGGAUUUGAUCCAAGGAUGUAUUAUAAAAGCUGCUGAAAAAAUUAUUCUAAUUCACCGUUCAUCACAGCACUUACGUGACCUCAGACCUAAAUCCUUAAAGAAAGUCUAUCGACAAAUAAGAAUAGCUCAAAAACUUGAAAAACUUUCUAAGAAAGCAUUUAUAUCCAAUCGCAUUCCUACGCAAUGGUCCAAAAGUUAUGACAAAACAGUUAAAAUUGCAGUUGCCUUAAAAUUUGUUUUUCCGCCUAUCAUUGUGCAAACACACUUAGCCAUUCAUGCAAUUAUUCCUACUAUUAGAGCCCUUAUUUUCACUCUAACUGUGAUAGCCAGAGUAGAAGAAGAAGAACAUAAAUCUAAAUCUACAGACCCUGCCAAAA